UAAUUGUUAUUGUGAUUUUACAGAGUGUUAUUACUCCUACCAGAGAUAUUGUGGAACGUUUUAGGAAGUUUAUGGAUGUUUGGGGUACACAUCGAAUGCAGUUACGAGCAUUACACGAUCACGGUAGUGCAAGCAUUGAUCGUCUUCGACUGGAUCCUUAUAGGCCUCACAAUUUUUGGCCUGGCAGUGAUCUUCGACCCAUUAGGCUCAUUAAGUGAGAAAUAUUUAGAAAGUUCAGAGGAACAUGGCAAAGUCUUACGGAUCUGGUUACGGAGAUUUAAAUUCCUCUGGUGGAUACGUAAAGAUGAGAAUGCUAAAGAGGCUUUUCAACAUGUCGCUGGAUUAUUAACUGCUUUGUUCCGUGGAACGGAUUUAGUUCCUUCAGACUUGGUCGCAGGAUUUAUCCUGUUAAGGAUUCAACAGAAAAGGGAGGUCCACGAAUUGCGUCGGCUAAAUCUUCCUCAACUAGCCUGUACUUCCAAUGCAUCUGUAAUUUUUAAAAAUACACCAAGCUGGAUGUCCUUGGAGAACGCUCUUUACUAUAUCAAGCUUUCUAUAGCCUCUUAUGGAUGGUUGUAUUUGAUGUACAAACACACUUGCACCGGCUGUUUCCACAUUAUUCGGAAUAUGACUUGUUGUACUUGUUUCCGGAGGAAACGCAAUCCGAUCAUCGGGGAUAAUUGUUGCCAGUGUUACAUGGCCGGUGUGAAAUCAUUAAUGAAUAUAGCCAUGGAUGACGUUCUAUAUGCAUCGUUCGUCAAUCACCUGUGCGAGGUACCGUUCUGUGUGUUAGUGAAUCACAACAAAGGCAACAUUGAUAUUGCAAUACGAGGUACUCUGUCGUUACGUGAUAUCUUCACCGACGUUGUCGCGGGUGCAGAUAUUUUUGAGUGCGAAGGCAUUCCAGCAGGCUCUCAGGCACAUAAAGGCAUGAUAAUGGUAGCUCGAGUGGUUUUGAAGCACUUAGAUGAUAACAAAGUUUUGGAACAAGCAUUUAAUACGUACCCUCAUUACUCUUUAAUGAUAACAGGUCACAGUCUAGGUGCUGGUGUAGGCAUCCUUCUAGGCUUUCUGUUACGUCCACGUUAUCCAUCUGUGAAAGUUUAUGCAUUCGCUACACCAGCUGGUCUUCUAUCGAGAGAACUUGUGAAGUUAACAGAAGAUUUCGUUUUAACGAUAGGGGUUGAAGAUGACAUGGUGAUGAGGAUGAGUAUUCAUAGCACAGAAAAUUUAAGAACUAGUUUACUUGUAACCCUUCAUGCUUGUCAAUUACCCAAAUAUAGAGUAGUGUUAAAUGGAUUAGGCUACAUAUUAUUUGGUAUUCCCGAAAAAGAUCUUACCAAAACGUGGACUACCUGUAGUUUAAUUACCUCUACAUCAGGAGAAUCACCUUUGCUCGUUAAACAAGACCUAAAUACGAUAGAGGAAAAUAAGUUAUACGAAGAAGAUGUCACAAAGAGGAGGUUUUCUAGAGUAAAAUUAUAUACAGGUGGUAGAAUACUUCACAUACGCAGAUGCAAGCCAGAAAAAUCAGAAAAGAAAAGCAAAAGACAAAAAAUAAGUGAAAAGAAUUUCGAGAUGCGAUGGGCACAGGCAGAAGAAUUUACAGAAUUGUCUGUAAUGCCACGGAUGUUACUGGACCAUUUACCAGAGAAUAUAGAAAAAGUACUUAUCAGAUUGAUAGAGCAACAGAAUAAUUUGCCAUAUUAUUUUGACCCUUGAUAAUAAUAAAAUGGAAGGCAAAUUGUAUCAUUAUUGUAUUAUAUUUUUAACGGACUUGUACAAUUUGUUAUAAAUAAUUUCUGUAUUUUGAUACGGAAAAAUGCAAGUACUUUUAUACUAUUAUAAUAUAAGUGCCUUUAAAGUGUACCUU